CCUUAAUUUCUGGAUGUUAUAUGACAAACAAGUCUAUUUUAUACCAUUCUUAUUUAGCAAAUUGUGAUAAUUUUAAGGAAGCAUUUACUUUAGAGGAGGUAAAAGAAAUCUUGUCUCGAUUAGUAUUAAAAGAUAUGCAAAAUAAUACAG